GCCCCCGGUCUGUGCGCGGCGGCGGCGGCUUCCCGCGGGGCCGCGAUGCUGAGCUCCCGGGCCGAGGCGGCGAUGACCGCGGCCGACAGGGCCCUCCAGCGCUUCCUGCGGACCGGGGCGGCCGUCAGAUACAAAGUCAUGAAGAACUGGGGUGUUAUAGGUGGCAUUGCCGCUGCUGUGGCAGCAGGAAUAUAUGUUAUUUGGGGUCCCAUUACAGAAAGAAAGAAGCGUAGAAAAGGGCUGGUGCCUGGCCUCGCCAACCUGGGGAACACCUGCUUCAUGAACUCCUUGCUGCAGGGUUUGUCUGCCUGCCCCGCCUUCAUCGCGUGGCUGGAGGAGUUCACCGCGCAGCACGCCAGGGACCAGGCGGAGCCCCCCGCGCGCCAGUCUUUGUCCUUAACGCUGCUGCGGCUCCUGAAAGCUUUAUCCUGCCAAGAAGUUACUGACGAUGAGGUCUUGGAUGCAAGCUGCUUGUUGGAUGUCUUAAGAAUGUACAGGUGGCAGAUCUCUUCAUUUGAAGAACAGGAUGCUCACGAAUUAUUCCAUGUCAUUACCUCAUCGUUGGAGGAUGAGCGGGACCGCCAGCCCCGGGUCACACAUUUGUUUGAUGUGCAUUCCCUGGAGCAGCAGUCAGAAACCACUCCCAAACUCAUUGCCUGCCGCACAAGAGGGUCACCUUAUCCUAUGUCCAAUCACUGGAAGUCUCAGCACCCUUUUCAUGGAAGACUUACUAGUAAUAUGGUCUGCAAACACUGUGAACACCAGAGUCCUGUUCGAUUUGAUACCUUUGAUAGCCUUUCACUGAGUAUCCCAGCUGCCACGUGGGGUCAUCCAUUGACCCUGGACCACUGCCUUCACCACUUCAUCUCAUCAGAAUCAGUGCGGGAUGUUGUAUGUGACAACUGUACGAAGAUUGAAGCCAAAGGGACGUUGAAUGCGGAGAAGGUGGAACGCCAGAGGACCACUUUUGUUAAACAGUUAAAACUAGGGAAGCUCCCCCAGUGCUUGUGCAUCCACCUCCAGAGGCUGAGCUGGUCCAGCCACGGCACGCCCCUGAAGCGGCAUGAGCACGUGCAGUUUAACGAAUUCCUGAUGAUGGACGUCUACAAGUAUCACCUCCUUGGACACAAGCCUGGUCAGCACGGCCCUAAACUGAAGGAGAACCCGGGGCCUGCGUUGGAACUGCAGGACGGGCCGGCAGCCCCCAGAUCAGUUCUAAAUCAGCCUGGGGGCCCCAAAACACAAAUGUUUAUGAAUGGCGCCUGCUCCCCAUCUUUACUGCCUACACUGCCAACCCCGGUGCCCUUCCCCCUCCCAGUGGGUCCUGACUGCAGCUCCUCCACGUACCUCUUCCGGCUGAUGGCAGUUGUCGUCCACCAUGGAGACAUGCACUCUGGACACUUCGUGACUUACCGCCGGUCCCCACCUUCAGCCAAGAACCCUCUCUCCACCAGCAACCAGUGGCUGUGGAUUUCUGAUGACACGGUCCGCAAGGCUAGCCUGCAGGAGGUCCUGUCCUCCAGUGCGUACCUGCUGUUCUACGAGCGUGUUCUGUCCAGGAUGCAGCAGCAGAGUCAGGAGUACAAGUCUGAAGAAUGACCCAGCCCAGAGCUAGAGCUGAUAGCACUGUCCACACUGGCCAGGAAAAAGGCAAAGGCAGACUGUAUGUGUGUGUGCGCGUGCCUGCGCAUGUGUGUAAGCAGCCCCACUAGAGUCCCGUAGCCUUCUGGUGUGUUCUAAGAGCAGGCUCCACAUGAGAGCCAGUGGCCCCAAUUCAAACCAAAUCAGGCUCCCCGAACAGCUCUGCUAGUACGUCUGCUGGAUGGUGUCAUGUUGGGAAGGCGUUCAUCAUGUCUCGAGCGUCUUUUUACUCACCUGGUAUCGGUAAUUAAAAGAAAUCAGAUUCCAGAAGCCACCUUUUUUAUAUUCUAACAUGUUAGGUGUUCUCAAAGGGGAGUUAACUUUGUCUGAUCCUCUGAUGUUUCAGCAUAGAUCUUUUAUUUUUAAUAAGCAGACCCAUAAAAAUGGUUGAUAAGAAUUAGUGAAAUUAUUAAAGGCAACAAUUUAGAAGAAAAGUGCCUUUCACUUUUGAUUGCUUUUGUAGCACGUCCAUUCUGGAAAAUAUACCUUAUUUAAGAGUCAUAUAAACAAUUUUUGAAAAGCUCUAUAUUUUCCAAGUUACUCAGUGGAUAGCAGAACAGUUCCAGAUGUCUAAAGAACAGCCGCCUUCCCUUUUGUAUGUCUUUUUCUAAUCUUUCAAUUCUUUCUAUGUAGUGAAAGUUCAUCUGCCAAAUCUGCCCCUUGGGGAAGCUCCUUCCCCACUUUGUCAGUUACGCGUGCACCGCGUCACUUUUUAGUGCUAGACUCAGAGCUGUGAUUACAGUACACUGAAACUGAAUAGCCAGAAUUGAGCAGCAUCCGUGCGACACCGACGACUCCUCCGCUCUGUAGAAAACCCUUUCUUACACGGAGUCCCGCUGCGGACAGUUAGCCUCAUCUAUUUAUUUAUUGCCCAUGCAGAGCUCCUAAGGUGUACAGGUGGAGCAGGGGCCGUGUAACAAGACAGUCCCCGCCUUGAACCGAGAGCUGGAGUUGGAAGUGAGGGCGCUGACCAUGGGGCUGCAGUCUCUCUCGACCUCAGUUUCCUCAUCUGGAAAGUGAAGGGUUAGAUUCAGUGACCAUCAAAGUCCAGCCCUUUCCACAAGGAGAAGUUUUUCAUUUUUUUUUAAACAUAGAAGUACAGCUGACAUCUAGUACUGCCAUUUUGUUGUAGGUCCAUAUUCUAAAUGUAUUCGUUUUCAGUAGCCUAAUACAAAAAGACUACACGGAGCAUUCUCGUCCCUCUUCAGUUAAGUCUCAUGAAUGCCGCCCAGGGCCGAAGGAAUUUUGAUGACACAGAAGUAUCUAUGUUUUAGCUCGAUUUUUUAAUUUAAAAACAUAAAAGGAUACCAAAUUCAAACUGACUCUUUAGAGAUAAGAUUUGGAAUCAGACCUACCCAAAAGAUGGAUAAAGAUGAAGCUCAGAACUGUGCUUUCUCUGGUGGAGGUGAGCUGGCAGACACUUCUAGGCAAUGCCUUGGUGUCAGCUAAAAGUGCAGCACGCCCAGGUGGUCACCAUGCCGCUGGGCCUGACCUGCAUCCUGAGGACUCGUAACUCACACUACCCAUAGAACAUGCUGUGAAGGUUCUCCAGGCCACGGACACGAGGGCGAAAGGAGCAGCUGGAAGGUCUGAGGGGCCCACUGCUGACGUCCCUUCCUGAUUGUCUGCCUCUGGUGUUGACAUGAGCGCACCUGACUUACCUGCAUCCGGUGGAACAAAUGCCCAGUCGUCUGACCUUAAACUGAUUGCAAAGUUGUAGCUUUGAGGAAGUACUGUUGCGCCACGGCUCACUCUGAAAUCUGCCAUGAAAGAGCAAUGUUGGGCACGAAAGGGGCUAAUCCUUUGAACAUUUAGUUGUAAUCAGAUCUUUGGUCAGAGGCCAGGGUUUGAGCCCAGGUUGUAAAUGUGAAUGAUAUCUGUGCAAAGUCUCUUACCUGACUUAAAGCUGACUCACUCAUUUUGUAAAUUAUUAGGCAUUAGUAGCAACCAAAUAAUCUUAUUUUUAGUUUUAAGUUAUUUAUAAAGUAGCAUCUUUUUGCAAAACCUUAAGUUAAACUAGUAGUUUAUGCCAUAACCACUGCUGAUUUAUGUAUUUGCUAAAGGUACCUUUUGUAUCUGCUGUGUAUUAUAGCAAUAAAAAUCAUUUUUUAGGAAAAAAAAGAAUACUCGCUGGUAUUC